AUGGAUUAUAAAAUGUUGAAAAAACGAAACGAUUUGCUGAAGAAUCCUUUUGUUCUCGCUGGAAUUGUAUUGCCAUGGAUUGCAUUGAAUGGCUUUUUGAAGCCUCAUUCAGAAAGAAUAUCGUUCGCUGAGCAUAGAUUUCGCAUCUUCUUACAGUUCUGUACAUUUGUUACAGUUCUUUCGGUAGCAACAAUGAUGCGAAGGAAUAAAUCGCGACACUGA